AAAUUUACAAGCAUGGGACGUACGUGUAGUAGCUUCGUCCGAAAAGAAAAUACAAAUGAACUAUGCUAAAUAUACUUAGCGAUUCUUACUGGGAUUAGAAAGAAGUGUUUAAGGACAAACAUGGAUUACGAAAAUUUGAAAGUAUUAACUCUUCACAAACACCCCGAAUUUUUAGAGGCAUGCUGUGAGAUGAUAAAUGAUGAAUGGCCAAGAAGCAGAACUGCUAGAAUGAUGUCUUUAACUGCAUCUUGCGACAAACUGCCGACUAGUUUGAUAUUAAUUGAUAAUCAAUUACACUUAUUAGGUCAUGCUAAAUUGACUCGUUUGCCGAGUAUUCCUCACAGUUGUUUUAUAGAGACUGUAGUAAUAAAAAAAAACAUGCGUGGCAAGAAACUUGGUUCCUUUUUAAUGAGGCAAGUUGAGCUCUAUUGUAAAAAGGUACUGAACUUGAAAAUGCUGCAUUUAUCUACCAAAGGUCAAGAAGAUUUUUACGCUAAAUUAGGUUAUACAUUAUGUGCACCAGUUUCGAUUUACGGAACUGUCGUACACACAGCGGUGGAAUCAGACAAAAGUGCUCAAAAGCAAACAUCAAUUAAAAGCGAUACAGCAGCGCCCCCACCGCCCCCGAUGCCGAAACCCCAGAAUGUAUCUGAAACUACUAUCAAGUCCAGUAAAACGUUUAUGUUCAAGUAUUUAUAGGUUAUGUCGACAUUGUUCUUGUAUUAUGUUAGCUGUUUAUUUAUUAUAUUUUGUAAGGCUAAACUUGAUUAAUGUUUAUUUUAACCCACCAUGAUUAUCCGUAAAUCAAAAUACGCUUGUACAGAUGAUAUUCAUUUUGUAAUUACUGAUAGAUUAUAUUAUGUUACGAUGUAAUACGAUAAAAUAAAAGAAUAAU